ACUUUCAUCAGCUAGCUUCCCUCCGUGAUCCCUCCCUUGAAGAGAGAAGAGCUCGCCAGCCUCCAUUAAUACUCACCCCAAGCUUCGCCUUUUAAGCCCUCCACUACUCUCAUCACUCCACUUCCAUCGGCGCCGCAAGAUCCACAAGCGCAUGUAGCUACCAUUCUGCUUGCCUGCAUCUCUACAGGUUUCGUCGGAGGCGUACAGAGUGGUCGAUCUUGUGUGGCCUUCCGGCGAUCUUGGGCCUGCACUGCCGUCACCGGAGUAGCAAGAUCAAUGGACUUGAUGCCGCAGCCGGACAGCCCGCACUCGGACGGCAGCGGUGGCGGGGCGUCGGGGACGUCAUCGGCGGUAUCGUCUCUCUCGCCGGUGUCGCCGUCACCGAGCCGGUACGAGUCGCAGAAGCGGCGGGACUGGAACACGUUCGGGCAGUACCUGCGGAACCACCGCCCCCCGCUGUCCCUGGCGCGCUGCAGCGGCGCGCAUGUGCUGGAGUUCCUCCGCUACCUCGACCAGUUCGGCAAGACCAAGGUGCACUCUGCCGGCUGCCCCUUCUUCGGACACCCCGUGCCGCCGGCGCCCUGUCCGUGCCCUCUCCGACAGGCCUGGGGCAGCCUCGACGCGCUCGUCGGCCGCCUCCGCGCUGCCUACGAGGAGAACGGCGGCCGACCGGAGAACAACCCCUUCGGCGCCCGCGCCGUGCGGCUAUACCUCCGCGAGGUCCGCGAGCACCAGACUCGCGCACGAGGCGUUAGCUACGACAAGAAGAAGCGCAGGAAGCCGCCCCAGCAGCACCACCCCGCAGCCGCCCACGACGUCCACUCCCACGACGGCAACGGCCACCACUACCACCCCCACAUGCCUCCGCCGCCUCCCGGCGCUGCGGCGUGAGCUGGCUGGCUAGCUCCACGGUCUCCGCCCCCCUACUUAUCAUAUCCUAUCUAUUGCUUUGCUACCACUACCAGUACGUAUCAUCUCUCCAGCAGGCUAGCUAGCGAGUUCUUUGCAGCUAUCAAAUCCCUAGCCAGCAGCUAGUCUGCUCCUCCUACUAGUACAAGUACGGAUUAAAUUCCUCCGUGAAUCCAUGCUUGCUACCCAGCUGCUAGUAAUAGUUUCGUCCAGUGAUCAUUUUCCGACUUAUUUGGUCUAGUGAUCCCUACUAUUCAUUCGCUUGUAUUAUCCCCUCCCAGUCCUACUGUACGGUUGUUUGAAUGUCUGUGAUGAACUGAUGAUCAAUGUUGAUCGAGCUAGCAAGAUCCAUGACUCGUUCUAAUAUUUAUCCUCAUGUAAUCGAUUUCGUACCAUUAAUUAAUCCUCAUGUAAUCUCUCUCUUGCUAA